UGAAAACCGAAAACGCACACUCACCAGCACUUUUCGAUUUUUUUUCAGAAAAUAAAAAAAAAGCCCUACUGUGUUGGACUUCGGCUGGCCACUGGAAUGUCCUUCAUAGGCCGCCGAGAGAUUUCGCUCGCCUCGCUCGAUUUUUUUCUUCAUCCUCCUAUUUUUUCUUCAUCCGACCAUGAGGUGCACAUAUGAUGUACGAUAGGGAACAGAAUUAGUAUUUUUUUAAUCGCGUGCAGCUGACCACGUUAUCUAUCAACGAACUAACACGACACUUGAAAGAUUCAACAAGUGAAGUUAUACGUAAAAAGAAGUUCUCGUCGGGAGUUGCGAGUGCGCGACUUCAGUUUUGAGCCCAAAUAGGGUGGGGGCAGACAGACGGGUUUAGGAUUUUUACAUAUGUAGUGGCGUCGGUAGAAACAAUUUUACAGAUCAUUUUCGUAGAAACAAACUUGUAUAUAGCUCCGGGUGUAGGGUAAAGACGUGCUCUCACGUCGGAGAGGCGACCACGCUGCCCCCUCCUAGUCGUGUGCCAGUUCGCGAACAGAUGUCAGGCCGCGUCUGUCUAUCGAGGGUUGGGGUAAGAGGCAACGCCAAUCGCCACCUAUCUAAAGCUAAAGUAUUAACCGUUAACAGAAUUUGCAUUUUUUUAAUCGCGUGCAGCUGACCACGUUAUCUAUCAACGGAACGGAUUAACAACACACUUGAACGAUUCAACAAAUGAAGUACUUAUAUUUUAAAAGAAGUUCUGGAGAGUUGCGAGUGCGCGACUUCAGUUUUGAGCCCGAAUUCGGGGGCAGACAGACGGGUUUAGGGUUUUUACAUAAGUAUAUAGUAGCGUCGGUAGAAACAAUGUCACAGGUCAUUUUUGUAGAAACUUGUCUAUAGCUCGGGGCUUAGGGCGGUAAAGGCGUGCGCUCACAUCAGAGAGGCGACCACACUGCCUCCUCCUAGUCGUGUGCCAGUUCGCGAAAAGAUCUAAGCCGGCGUCUGUCUAUCGAGGGUUGAGGUAAGAGGCCCCGCCAGUCACCACCUAUCUAAAGCUAAAGCUUGACCAUGACCGUUCCAAGUCCAAGACCUCCAAUGGGCAAAGCGAAAAGGUACGCUGUCAGUAGAAAAAGGAGACCUGCAGUACUAGCUUUGAACCUGAGCUAAGCUAUCGCUCUAGCACUCUUAGAGGCACAGCGAGAGUUUUCACUCCGGUUGGUCUUCGCAGAUUAUUGCUUCGCUCUGUAUCUGUAUCUGUAUCUGUUGUGUACAGUUGCAUUAGUUCCCACGUGCAGCUUCUAAAGACCGCACGACGUCUACGUUUGAAGAAAGCUGCGAGCAUCAUCAU